AUGGUACGAACCGACAGAGGUACUGAAAACACGUUAAUGGCAGCAAUGCAGUGCUUCUUACGUAGAUCUAAUGGUGAUGAUCAUGCAAGUUUAAAAGCCCAUGCAUAUGGGCCGUCCACUUCUAAUCAGAGAAUAGAAGCAUGGUGGAGCCAUUUACGUAAAUCUUGGACAACAUGGUGGAUGAAUUUUUUUUCACAAAUGGUAGAAAGAGCGGAGUUGGAUACAAGUGAUGAUUUACAAAAAAAAUGUUUGUGGUUCUGCUUCAACAAACUAUUACAACAAGGUCUAGAUCAGGUACGCACAAGCUGGAAUACCCAUUACAUAAGAAGAUCCCGUUACAACACGCAAGCUGGUAUUCCAGACCAAAUGUACUUUUUACCAGAAUCUAUCGGAGCACGCAAUUGCAAGUUUCCUACUGACAAUGAGGAUAUUAAUGCCAUGCAAGCACACGUUGGCUACCAAUCACAAGACGACUAUGAUAUAUAUUUUGAAGCAAUUUGUCAGCAAUUGAGCCUGCCAGAUAGAUCUCAAUGGACUGCAGAUGAGGCAAAACAAUACUUUCACCGUUUAAUGGAUAUUGCACGUCAAUAA